AGCCCAUACGUGGGCGGAGAACUGGCGAAGAGCCCAUUUAAUAAUUUCUACGUUUAUUACACUGGGUUAUUUCAGCUCUUUGAUGACUAUUAAAUAUCCACAUCCACCGAUCAGUACGUCCGCCGAGAGUUCUCUAUUCAAUCCCCCAUUCAUCCCUCUGCGACCGCUGGUAUGCCAAGAGGUGCAGCAAUCAAUAGUUAUAACAACUGUGGUUAUACUCAUUCAUUCUUGUGGUUAUUACAAGUAAAAUGGAAGCGAAAAUGCUUAGUAAUUGAAAUCGUGAGUAGUCUUGUGUACAAGAAUGGGUGAGAAACCUGUGAAUGCAAUCAGUUUUAUCAUGUGAGCGGCAUUAAAGCCAAUUUUUCCAAAAAGAACCGCUCCCAAUUUACACUCAUCCCCACAAUUCAAAAUCUUGCCCACGCCUGCAUUGUGUUGUAUUGUAUGUUAAUUAUGAAAGAUUUCUCAUCAUUCUUUCUCUUGAAAAAUUCUUUUGGAUCGGUAGGAAGCAAGAAAAGAAAAGGUAUGAGAAGCAACUUCUGCAACGGCAACUGCUCAACUUCCACUCUCAACCAGAACAACCCUUCUCCCCCUCCUCCUCCUCGCCGGCAGUGUCAAGAUUCUAACUAUAAUUCCUGCAUGUUCACACCCUCACCUGCAGCAGCGACCCAGAGGCAGACGUUGGAGGAGAUGAUAUGGCAGCUUGAGUUAGAAGAAUUAGAGGCCGCCGCCAGAAAAUCAUCAGCGAAAGCAAAACUUAACCUCGGCCGCACUAGACUCUCAUCUGUUGAUAACACUGCUUCUGAGAACAUCCUAAUGUCUGCCAGGGACGCACUCAACCAGUACCCGCGUUUCUCUCUUGACGGAAAGGACGCCAGGUACCGAUCUUCCUUUCGAAACCUGGACUCUUCUCUCCCCAGAAAAUCUGUCUGCUGCGACCGUGGCCUCGCCCACAGACUUAUCAAGUCAUAUCACCAGGAGAAGAAACCUGCAGCCAUUUGCUGCUUUCCCCCAACUGUGGCGGGACAGCCAGUGAUUUGGUGCGCACCAGGAGUGGUUGCAAAGUUGAUGGGGCUAGAUGCCAUUCCAGUUCCCCUAAAAAUCAGAAAAGGCUCGGUACAAAGUAACAAGGAGGAGCUGGGUUAUAUCAUCAACGGGCAAAAUCUGAGGAGGAGAGCUGAAAGACAUGAAAAAUCUCGUGAGAGAACAUCGGUUGCUACAAUGGAUAAGAUUCUCAUGCCAACUUCUUGCAGUUCAUCAAACCAAGGCUACUGCACGCUGAACCCUGUCGCAGUAGACGCAGCAAAUGCUGGAGGCUGGCCAACUAGGCGUUUUUUCUAGAUCUUACUCGUCACACCAUCAAAUCACUCAAAUCAAGUCCUGCAUAGCUAAUUCUAAUUACUAGCCUAUAUAUAUAUAAAUAUAUAUAUUUUCAAGUUAUAAAAAAUUUGAUUGCUUCUAGCAUGUAACCUAAAAUUACAUAUAAUGUCAUUAUCUUUAACAUAAAAUAAGAAACAGACUUAUUCUCUUG